AGAGAGGGAGGUGGUGGAGGAGGAGGGAGAGGGGGUGAGAGAGGAGGUGACUCUCCGGCAGCAUUUAGACACAACGAAAGGAUCAUGGCGGAUGGCCCCAGGUGUAAGCGCAGAAAGCAGGCGAACCCGAGGAGGACCAGCGUGACCAACUACAACAAUGUGCUGGAGGCGGGCUCGGAGUCGGACGAUGAGGACAAGCUGCACAUCGUGGAGGAAGAAGGCAGCCUGGCAGACGGGGCAGACUGCGACAGCACCCUGCCAGAUGACGAGCACCCGGGCGUGCCCAGCUGGGACCCAGUGAAGGAAGACUGCGCUUCAGACGGCGAGGAUGACGUGAGCACAGACGCCCUGGUGGAGGAGAUGCUCCAGAAGGGAGACACGGCCAUUAUUUACCCGGAGGCCCCGGAGGACGAGCUUCAGCGUCAGGGCACCCCUGAUGCCAGCGUCCACGAUGAGAACGGAACCCCCGAUUCGUUCUCCCAGCUGCUCACGUGCCCGUACUGCUCACGGGGCUACAAGCGUUACAGCUCCCUGAAGGAGCACAUCAAGUACCGGCACGAGAAGACGGAGGAGAGCUUCAGCUGCCCAGAGUGCAGCUACAGCUUCGCCUACCGGGCUCAGUUAGAGCGGCAUAUGAGCGUUCAUAAGGGAGGACGGGACCAGAGACACAUCACGCAGUCCGGAGGCAACCGGAAAUUCAAGUGCACCGAAUGCGGCAAAGCAUUCAAGUACAAGCACCAUCUGAAGGAGCACCUCCGCAUUCACAGUGGAGAAAAACCCUACGAGUGCUCCCAUUGCAAGAAGCGCUUCUCCCACUCAGGCUCGUACAGCUCCCACAUCAGCAGUAAGAAGUGCAUCAGCGUCAUCUCAGUGAACAGCAGACAGCGCCUGGGGAGCAGCAGAAACCAGGCCCAGGGCUCAUCACCGGGGCUACCCACAUCACCGUCGGCCCGCUGUGGACAGAUUAGAGAGAAAAUGGAGCACAGUAGGCCCCUCCAGGAGCAGCUACCCCUCAACCAGAUCAAAACAGAACCUGUGGAGUAUGAGUACAAGCCGGCUGUAAUAACGCCGCCGGCAAUGGCCACUAUGAACGGUGGGGUUUUUGGCGGAGGUGCCGCCGCCCCUCUGCAGGGUACCGUACAGGCGGUGGUCCUGCCCACAGUGGGGCUGGUGUCACCGAUCAGCAUCAACCUGGCGGACCUUCAAAAUGCCCUCAAGGUGGCAGUGGAUGGUAAUGUUAUACGGCAGGUCCUGGAAAACAACGCCAAAGGCCAGGUGAAUUCAGGCCUCACAACUGGAACGCUCCACCCCCCUCAGCAGCAGCUCAUCUCAGCCAUCAGUCUACCGAUCGUCGGGCAGGAUGGGAACGCAAAACUUAUUAUUAACUACAGUUUGGACCCCAACCAGGGCCAGCUCACACCCCACAACCUGAAGAAAGAGCCCCUGUCUCCGGCUCAGAGUGCCACUGACUCUAUCAAGUCCCAGAAACUUCCAGAGGACCUCUCUGUCAGAGGCAGCAGGGACCAAGAGACAAAGCAGAAAGAGGAAAAGACCACUAAAACCUGUCUCCUCUGUGAGAACUGUCCAGGGGGGCUGGAAGCACUCCAUGCCCUUAAGCACUGCAAGAAAGAGAACCUCAGACUGAACGGGGCAGGAUUAGACAAAUCAGAGGCUGUUGCCGCUUUGCUGUCAGAAGGAGGACUCUGCAACCACCCUAAGAACCUCCUAUCGCUACUAAAGGCAUAUUUUGCCUUAAAUGCAGAGCCCUCCAAAGAGGAGUUGGUCAAGAUCUCCGACUCCGUCAGUCUGCCAGUCAAUGUGGUAAAGAAAUGGUUCGACAAAAUGCAGCAGGGACAGAUAUCACUGGGUGCCCCCACGCCUCCCUCGGAGGAGGAGGACUCAUGCGAAGCUCACAGCGUGGUGUCAUUGGUCCCGGGGAAGGAUUUGGCCGCUAUAAGCAGUUCUGUGAGCCAGGACAGCCCCACAGAGGCUACGCCAGCCGAGGUCAACGGCGCGCACAGCUCACCUGCCUCGCCCUCUCCGAUAAACCUUACAGCCGGCUGUCCCGCCCAAGCCGAUACCCCUGAGAGCACUGAGGGACCACUGGACCUGUCGCUGCCAAAGCCUGCCAGAGACGAAGCAGAGAGCAUGGUGCCCCCAGCCCGAGUUUACCCCUCUGCUUCCUCCUGCUCGACCAACGAGGAAGAACCUCUGAACUUAACUUGCACAAAGAAGGACUCAUUGCCACUCUCCGCCAUGGGCGGCAGCCCCCUGGCGUUGUACGCCAACCAGCGAAGUGCCAAACCCCUGGACAUCGUAGCCACAAUGCAAUGCCUGCAAGCACUGACCACCACCAACAAUAACAGCAAACAGACUAUCCUGAUCCCCCAGCUGGCUUACACGUACACCACUACAGCUAACAGCCCUGCAGGGACAGAGACGCACGAAACCAUCCACCUCAAUGGGAUCAAGGAAGAGAGGCUGGAUCUUGGCUCGGAGGGCUUCUCGGCCAUGGAUGAGCAGAACGACUCGGACUCCGGACCGGCGAGGAAGAAGAUGAAGAAGACGGACAGCGGCAUGUACGCCUGCGACCUGUGUGACAAGAUCUUCCAGAAGAGCAGCUCGCUGCUGAGGCACAAAUACGAACACACAGGGAAGCGACCUCAUGAGUGCGGCAUCUGCAGCAAGGCCUUCAAACACAAACACCACUUGAUCGAACACAUGAGACUCCACUCGGGGGAGAAGCCGUACCAGUGUGACAAGUGCGGAAAGCGCUUCUCCCACUCCGGCUCCUACUCCCAACACAUGAACCACCGCUACUCCUACUGCAAGAAGGAGGCGCAGAGCCAGGCGGGGGGGCGGGAGAGCCCAGAGGAGGACGGCGAGGGCCCUGCUGACAUGCAGCAGGACACGGCCCCAUCCCUACUGGACUCAGACGAGCGAGGGAGCAGCACCAGGGAGGAUGAAGAGAGUGAGGAAGAGGAAGAGGAGGGUGUGGUGGACAUGAAUGAUAUCCAGGUUGUGCAGAUAGAGGAGGAGGAGGGGGAGGAGGAGGAGAAGGAUGGAGAGAAUGGAACAUUAGAGAAGGAGGAGAAAGAGGAAGCUGACACAAGGCAGGUCAACGUCGAUCCAGAGGAGGUGACGGACGUAGAGGGAGGAGUAACCGAGGAGGCGGGCGGGAAGGUCCGAGAGGGGAGCAGAGGUGAAACAGACAGGAGCGAAGAUUCUCAGGAUGAGAAGGAGACGCAGAAGGAGAACGCAGAAACAGACUGAAGGAGGCUCCUCCCUGAGAUACAAUCAGACUCCUCCUCGCUCCGCGCAGAGGAGCAACGUCCGCUCACUCUGACAGUUCACUACUGUGUAGAAUCCAGGUGUGCCUGAAAAAAAAAAUACUAGUGACUUUCACCGCAGGAGAGCAUUUCUCACUGUUUGAAGAAGCGUUUGUAAAACAGAAAGAGGAAGAGGAAUUUUAACGAACAAAGGACGAUGCAUUAUACAGACUUUGGAAGCUAGAGCCGACACGUUUUAGAUAAUGUUUUAUUACUAAAACACCUUGGGUCCUUUCUUUUUAUCAGUGUUACUAAUUUUAUCACUCAUAUUUUAAUCUUUAAAAGCUGUACAGUUGGGAGAUAUUUCUAUAUCUUUUUAUUGCCAAUGAACAAAAUGAAAAAAAGUCAGUAUUUUGUUAAGUUGGAAGGAAAAAAAAAAAAAGACAAAUCCUGUGCACUACAAGUGGCUUGGUUUACC